ACAGACACCCACAAUGGAUAGAUGGUUGUCGUUCAGUAUGCGCAGAGACCCGCAUCUCCACUUAGAAACAGCGUCCUAUCCCCGCAUUUCCACGACUACUUGGAAGACAUGAGCAGUUCAUGUUGAGUAUCUACACAUGGAAUUUAGAGCCCAACGAACGUCAUCGUCAGCUCUACGUACAUUGGAGCCUAGGAGUUGUCAACGUCAGCUUCCCACAUAUAUCAUAUAUUUUGAUUUCAUGACGACAUUCCCAGUCCCUCCGCGAGUAAUUGAGUCUCCACACCCAUGAUUUACGAGACGAGGCAGGAUGAAAAUACGUAUUAAACCCCUAUCACGGAGACCAUAAUGGCUUUGUGAUAGCACCUAACAUUCAAUCCGUUACAAUGCUUCUAUCGGCAAGAUUUUCGGCUACUUCAGCCAUACUGUUCCUACAACAGACCGUGUCAGCGGCGCUGUACAACCAGGUCGUCAGUACUGAGUACGGUCCAGUCCAAGGUUUCCAAUACUUCAACAACUCCGCAAACUUAUCAAAUCCAUCCGGAAACGUCGCUGCCUUCCUCGGCGUCCCCUAUGCCGCAGAUACGUCUUACGAGAAUCGCUGGCGUGAAGCUCAACCCCGUGAGCCGUGGAAUGACACUCUUCAUGCAAUCGCAUUUGGCCCGGCUUGUCCAAUCGCCUCGCAGGCCCAAGCAGGCUUUACAUUGAGCGAGGAUUGUCUGAGCGUCAACAUUUGGACAAACGCAAAGUCGUCCGCCGAUCGCCUGCCUGUCUUUCUGUGGAGCUAUGGGUCUGGUGAGACGAGUGGCGAGGCGCUCUAUGACGGAGGCGGACUCGCAACCCAGGAUGUGGUUGUAGUCACAUACAACUAUCGCGACGCUGCAUUCGGGUUUCUUGCACAUCCAGACCUGAGUGCGGAGAGUGGCCGCAAUACAAGUGGCAACUAUGGAAUCAUGGACAUGUUCACGGCGCUGCGUUGGAUUAAGUCGAACAUCGCGAACUUUGGCGGUGAUCCGGAUCACAUCGUCAUUGGUGGCCAAUCAUUUGGGUCUGCACAGGUAUAUCAUGCAGUCAAUAGCCCUCUUGCUAAAGGUCUCUUCAAAGGCAUGAUCGCAGAAAGUGGCAUCCGCGAUCCUUACGACUACAUGCUCGCCGGUCUUGCAGACAGCUAUUCCACCUUGGAUGUAGCGUUGAAGAGAGGGGUCAACUACACAAAGAACCAUAAUGUUUCGAGCAUCGCCGAACUCCGAGCACUGUCCAUGGAGAGCCUGCUGUCCGGUAGUGAUGACAGAGACUAUAGCUUAUCGAAUGUGACCGCACUAUGGACCAUGAACCCACCUCUCUACAAGACAGUACUCGACGGCUACGUCGUUCCGUCGACAUAUCUCAAGACCCUCGAGACCGGCCCAGCCUCCGAUGUACCCAUGAUCACUGGUAACAACCGCGAUGAAUCUGGCGCUUCAACAGGGACAUCCUACACGCUCAGCCAAUACUACCUCUACAACAGCCUCAAAUACGGCAACCUCUCCUCCCGCUACUUCUCGCUCUACCCGGCCCAUAACUCCUCGCAAGGCAACCGUGCAUGGAACGCUGCGGCGCGCGACACAUCACUCGUCUCUUCGUGGUUGUUCAGUCAGAAAUGGUACAAGAAGGCGACAAGCCCGUUCUACACGUACUACUGGGAUUAUGCGCCGCCAGGCCAGAGCCAGGGCGCGUACCAUAUGGCAGAGAUCAACUACGUGCUGAACAACCUGUACAAGACAGACAGACCAUGGACGGCGUAUGACUACUGGCUUGCAGAUGUCAUGUCAAGUUAUUGGGCAAACUUCAUUAAAACACUAGAUCCGAACACUGGCGGCUCGUAUCGCAAUGGCAGCCUGCCAACGUGGGCGCCAACUGACGCAAGGCAGGAGGUCAUGCAUACAGGCACACAGUUUGGCAAUGUCCCUAUCGCGCAGCCGGCGCAGGUAGACUUGAUCUCGGACUGGUUUGCGACGCAGCCGCCGUAUUAGUCAGUGAUUAUUCUUACCUGCUAGGUACUAGUAGUAGCCCUAGAAAUUUAUGAGGCAGACAACAUGUCUCAGUCAGAUCAUGCGGUAUAGAACUCGGUCUUUGCUCAUAUGCGUUUACAAGUCAUAGCCUCACCGCCAGUGUCAGUCAGCCCACCACGAUGUAUAGAUAUUACGAAUUAUAAGACACCAUAGACAUACAAUCUACAAUGUACAAUAUAGAACACACAGCAAAAAACCAUCCCCAACCUCACUCUCGACCCCGCACACGUGCAGCUCAACAUGUGCAUGUGAAUAUAACCAACGAAGAAUUCUCCCCAACCCGCUAAUUACACGGCCCAUUCAUUCUAU